UCACCUCUUCCUUCCUUCCCCGUCCGACUUGGCUCGCGACUUCCAAAAAUAUAACUUUGCCUCUCUCAUUUUUUUCUCCUUCAACCUCACCAUCCUUAUCCUAAUUCCCCCGAUUCUUUCUUCUCAGUCGCAUAUGAAGUUCGCGCGAUAAUCCCCCUUCAGUUCUUUUGCGCCUGUCCCGGCUCCUCCACAACAAUGAACAAUAUGCAAGUCGCCUUCUUUUUUCUGACCCUUUUAGCGCCUUGCAUCUGCUUCUCGUGGGGGGGCGAGAGGAAAGUGGUAAUCCCGGCUGCCAACACCUACGCUUCAGCCGGAGACACCCACUCGGGACUUCUCCAGCAGCCAUCUCGGGUUCCUGACAUCUACGCCAUCGCGCUCAGUGAGCUUCAGGAACUCGAAUCGGAACCUCUGUGCCAUCGCGUGGCCGCCCGGCUUCUGGUGAACAACUGCCAACUCGUCGACGGGAAGAAUGAUGCGACCAUCCUCACUGAUAGCGGUCGCCAAGUUCGCGACUUCGUCGAUUCGUAUGCGGCUAGUCUUGCGAUUUGCGACCUAGAGCGCGGGAGCUUUGCGAUUCCGAAAGAUUGCGCCAAAUUUCGGGAGCCUUCGUUGAGCCAAAUCGCCUUGAGGAACGAAGCAUUCCUCCAUGUCAGCCCCAAGGAGAUCGGGCGCUGCUUAUCCGCACUGGCAGCUUCUGAUGCAGCAUGGAGCACAUGGAUAAGUUACCGGCACAAGGCACUGCGCUUCUGCGAAGCUGCACGCGCGGACAAUGAGAAGGACUUGAGCAUAUUAUUCUACCAGCGAUUGACCAGGGUGAUCUCAAAGCUUACCGAAGGCGUGGAGGUCGAGCUCCAGAGACGUAUGCAAGAUCUUGACAACCAGGCCCGGCAAUAUCUUGAGACCCUCGAACAACUAGCUCCACACAUGGAUCAUUUGCAUGAUGAGCUUAGAAAGAUGGAGAGCUACAUUCAGGGCAACCUUGAUAUGACGCUGAAGAAAUCUACCGACUCUGCAAACGACAGCCUGCAGCAGGCGGAAAACCUCCAACAGAUGCUCCGCGUCUUGCUGUCUAAUGUCCUCGAGAACAACUCCCAAAUGGCUGCUGUCCACGAGCAGUCACUCCAGGUAGCAUCCAAGAGGGCCAGCGAUGAUAUAGGGGGCUUGGUGGCCAUCGUCGCAAUGGCGGCAACUUCUUCUAAUUCCCUCCAGCAGCAAAUUGAGAUUUCUAACCAGCAAGCCGCCGAGCUAAGCCGCCGUCAAGAUACUCUCGAACAAGGAAUGGAUCGACUCCUCGUUGCUACCGAGGCGUUGUCCACUAAAUACGAAGACCAGACUUACGUACUGAUGCAAGCCAACAAUCUAACAAACGAUAUUCUGGACUCCCUAGAAGACACAGCGACAGCAGCAGCUCUGGUCAGCAACUUGUUCCUCAGCAAUUCAACAUCUGGCACCUGGUGGCCAUUUGUCGUUUUUCCAUCAGCAUCUCUGAUUAUGGGAUCGUAUGGUCUGCCUCCUUCCAUGCUGCGAAAUUUCGGACUACUAGCUCUUGGUGAGAUGGUUGGGAUCCUUGUCUCGUUUCACGAGCAAGUCGUGGAUGGCAUCCUUUUAUACGCGCCUACAAUCAGCGCAAACGCAACUGCAUCUUCGCUUUGAAGAUCUUUGAUACCCUUUUCGCCACAUUUUCCAUAGCUCACCGGCUUUCUAAGCCAACCUAUUCUUAU